AUGAAUGCUAUGACACAAAAAUUUUAUAUUUUUAUAAUAACUGCUUUUUUAUAUUUUUGUUCUAUUCCAAGUAAUGGAUAUUAUUUGACAUCACUUGAUGGUGAAAAUGAAAUUAUUACACCAUCUCCAUAUAGUUCAGAUUCUGAGACAUUAAUUGCUAAGGUUAUUCCUGGUGAAGAUAAUUCAGGAAAUGGGAUACCAAUUGUUGUUGAGGAAAGAUCUUCUAAUUCUCCAAGAUUAAUUGGAGUAGUUAAAGCAAUAACAGACCGACAAAAUCCUACAAUGUCAAGAGAAUUAAUAGCUAUGAUAGAUAAUGAAGCUAAAAAUGCAGCUAGAUACUUAAAAACAUUAAAUAAUCUUCGUCAAACUGUUAUAUUGUCAUCAUCUCCAACAGGAAGAGAAAAACAAAAACGAAUGUCAGAAGAUUAUUUAACUGAUGACUAUGGUUUUCCAUUAACAAAAUCAUGGUCAGAAUAUUCUGGAGGAAAUAGAUUUAAGAGAGGUGUACCAGCAUACUAUGAUAUAGAUUUUGAUAUAGAUUAUUCAUGGUAA